ACCCUUCCCUCUCACUCCACUUUAUUAUAUUCAUAGGAUUUGGAUGGGUUCCGCAAAGAAAGAAUUGGAUCGGAUAAAAGGGGCAUGGAGCCCCGAAGAGGACGAAGCGUUGCAGAGACUGGUUGACACUUACGGGCCUAGAAACUGGACUCUCAUAAGCAAAUCCAUUCCCGGUCGCUCCGGUAAGUCAUGCCGGUUACGCUGGUGCAACCAGCUAUCCCCUCAGGUCCAGCACAGAACAUUCACUCCGGAGGAAGACCAAACCAUCGUCAAAGCGCAUGCAAGGUUCGGUAACAAGUGGGCCACCAUAGCUCGCCUCCUCCCUGGCCGCACCGACAACUCCAUCAAGAACCAUUGGAAUUCAACCCUCAAGAGGAAAUGCCCCGCCAUCGCUCAACACCCCCCUCCCAAAAGAUCCGCCACUGUCUCGGGUCAACCCGUCACUCCCAGCUCUCCAUCCGGAUCCGAUUUCAGCGAUUCUACUUUGCCCCCUAUUUCUCCCACUCCCAUCCAGGUUUACAAACCGCUUGCCGAAACUGCGUCUUCGGUCACCGAUCCACUCACUUCACUCAGCUUAUCUCUACCCGGAUCCGAUUCAUCCGACGGGUCAGAUCCGAAUCAGAAUCAAGUGUCCAGUUGUAGUGCCAAUCCCGUCAAAGAGAUUAAAUCGGGACCGAGUGAACAAUUAGGUUCUGGAAAGCACGUGUUUAGCGAAGAGUUGCUGAACGGGAUGCAAGAGAUGAUUCGAAUGGAAGUUAGGAACUACAUGUCUGGAUUGGAGCGUAAUGGUUUGUGUUUGCAAACACAAUCGAUUAGAAACUCCGUCAUUAAGCGCAUGGGAAUUGACAGGGUCGAAUAGAGAACUGAAACUGUUUGUUUUUCUCUUUUACUAUAACUUUUUCUUUACCCAAAAAGAAGAAGAAAAAAAUAGUACUAGUAUUUAUAUUGUACAUAUAGACACGAGAGUUUAAAUUCAAAUUCAAAUGACAAAGAAAUGGGAGAAAAUUUAUUUUUAUUUUUAGAAGAAAUUGGACGGUUGAUUCUUAAGCUUUAUUUAUUUUCAGGUACUUAAAAGAUGAAAUAAUGUAUAUGGGAACGCUGGCUGAGAAAUUCUGAGGCUGAGGUUGUUCACUGGGGCACGUAGACAACAUAAACGACAGAGACGUUUUCAUUUUUGAAAGGAGGGUUUGUUUUGUAGUGAGACAUGUUGGGCAAGUGAUGUGUAAGCCUGGGAAAUUAAAGGAUAUGAUAAAUUGGACAAAUAUAAGACGAUUUUGCAAGGUUAACCAACAGCAAAAUCCUGUUGUUAGGGGGCACACGAAUGAGAACCAAAAAAAUCUGUGAUUUAUUUUGUACAAAUUUUUCAUCACUUGAGAUUAUAAAAUUUUAGGAUAUGAUUU